AUGGAACAAAAGAUAGAGUAUGAAUGGAGACCUAGCUACUAUCAAACUUAUUUGAAAAUAGGACAUGAUUGUGCAAACAAAAAGAACAAUGGGAAAAAGCUGCAACAAACAAAAGUGUGGAAACCUGCAGCAAAUAAACAAAUUGUGGAAGAAAUUAAGGAAGAUACUCUACCUAAACCAAAUGAAGAGGAAUAUAACAAAGAUAAGGUAGAUGAAGAGGAAUCACUUCAAAAGGAGACUGCCACAGAUUGGACAUUGGUCACUUCAAGCAGAGUAGACAAAGGAAAAAGGGUUAUGAUUGAAACUUCAAAAAACUCAUUUGUGCCAUACCAAAAUGCUUUUACUCCCCUUAGGAAUGGAGAAUGUCCUAGGGAGGAGACAAGCCAUGAUCAAUGA